CUCUCUCUCUUCCUCACGCACUCACUCUCUCACGGUCUCAACUCUCACCUCAUUCACUCACGAAUCACGAUCCAGACCACCACUGAUCCACCGCCGGCCACCACGGUACCACCACACCAGGCCCCAGCCACCACCACCGAUCCGAUUCAGUGUUCUCUCUCUCUCACGCACUCAUCAUUCAUCAACGCUGCAACCCACCAGGCGGCAGCCACCAACGCCACCAGUCCACCACCACCGCCCACUGGCGGCCGCCAACGCACCACCACUCUCUCUCAAGAUGCUGCUGUUGAAGACUUGAAGCUUGAAGUUACAAAAUGACGUGACGUGAGCUCCUUUGUGAUGCAUCCUUUGGAAGUUUAGGCAAACUUCUUGACACAAACACACCUCGUAUUGCUCUCUUGAAGAGUGUAGUUGUGCUGUUCCUUUUGAUCCCUUGAACCUCCCCACUUUACCUUUAGUGGCAAAAUUGCUGCCACCAUCCCUUGCACCGUCCAAAUCAUUCCUAUAACCACUAUUUCUAUCAUCACCAACAACACAGAAUAUUGAAUUGAACAAAGAUUUGUGAAAUUUUAUUUAAAUUAAAAUUCAUGGAAGUCAAACAAAUUUUGUUCGAGUUUUGUCCAAUAGCACCAUCACUUCCAUCAAAUCCAAUCGCAAAACAACUUUCCUCUUUAAAAUUCCCCCCUUUAUCUUCUUCUUCUUCUUCAUACCCUUUUAUUCAAUCCCAGAAUGUUACGGUUCCAGGUGGAGCUUUCCACCCUAUAAGCAUACCUCACAACAAAGUACGUUCUAGUUAUCAAAGGAACAUAUGGUGUAGCAGUAGUCUUAAUAGCAUUGCAGAACCAAACGAGGGGCAUGAGGUGAGAUCUCAGGUUACAGUGAGAAGGAAAAAGCUGGCUGUGUUUGUGUCUGGUGGUGGAUCCAAUUUCAGAUCAAUUCAUGCGGCAUCUAAAGAAGGAUCACUUCAUGGAGAUGUUGUUGUAUUGGUUACCAAUAAAAGCGGAUGUGGAGGUGCAGAGUAUGCAAGAAAUAAUGGUAUCCCUGUUAUAUUGUUCCCUAAAGCAAAGGAUGAAUCCGACGGAUUAUCACCAAGUGACCUUGUUGAUGCACUAAGGAGAUUCGAGGUUGAUUUUGUUCUUUUAGCUGGAUACCUCAAACUUAUACCAGUGGAAUUGAUCCGAGCUUAUGAAAGAUCUAUAAUAAACAUUCACCCAUCUCUUCUUCCAGCUUUUGGAGGCAAGGGCUUCUAUGGUAUGAAUGUGCAUAAAGCGGUAAUUGCUUCUGGAGCUAGAUUUUCAGGUGCUACAAUUCAUUUUGUGGAUGAGCACUAUGACACAGGUCGUAUCCUGGCUCAGCGUGUGGUCCCUGUGCUUGCUAAUGAUACUGCUGAGGAGUUGGCUGCAAGGGUUCUCAGGGAGGAGCAUCAAUUAUAUGUGGAGGCAGUAGAGGCAUUAUGUGAAGAUCGCGUAGUGUUGAGGAAAGAUGGUGUUCCUCUCAUACAAAACAAGGAAAAUCCCAAUGAGUUUCGCUGAUUGUCUAUGGUCUGAAAUUCACUUGAUGUCCUUUUAAUUUGAGAUUUCCAUUGUAAUAGUUUAUAUAGUUUAUUUCAUUUCUUCAUCUUUUGAUUACAAAGCCUUGCAUCUGAGGGGACUUAGUUCCUCUUGCAGGGAAUUUUGAUCAUAAGUAGGUAUGCUCUGGUGUCCUCCAAGAAUACAAUAAGUAGGGAGCCAAAAAAAAUUCUCCUGACCUGUUCUGUAUAAACCUCUCUUAAUCUGCUUUUAGCUCAUAUUAGCAUUCGUCUGCUGCUCUUA